CCUGCACAGCCGGCAACGCGCGGUCCCCGGACCCUGCCGCCGCUCCAGCAGCCCGCCCGCCGCUGCCGCUGGUCAGCGUCUGGGGAAAAAGCUCCCGCGGACCCGUCUCCCACCCUAGCAUGGGAUGGGCGAGCCCUGCGAGCGCGGUGCCUGCUCGCCAGCCGCUGGCAUAAAGGAAGGAGCGCACCGGGAGUCCUGGGACACGCCGCUGGGCUUUCUGGAAGGCGCUCAGAUGGACAACGGGAGCAACGUGUCCUUCUUGCAGCUCUUGAAGAAUAUCAACCUGGAGCGAGCUGACGGGAUGCAGGGGGACAGCUCUGAUGUCGUGAGGAUUGUCAUCUCGCUGGUGUAUUCCGUGGUGUGCGCCCUGGGACUGGUGGGCAACCUGCUGGUGCUCUACCUGAUGAAAAGCAAGCAAGGCUGGAGGAAAUCCUCCAUCAACCUCUUUGUGACCAGCCUGGCAGUGACUGACUUCCAGUUUGUGCUGACCUUGCCAUUCUGGGCAGUGGAGAACGCGCUGGACUUCAACUGGCUCUUCGGCAAGGCAAUGUGUAAGAUCGUCUCCUAUGUGACAGCAAUGAAUAUGUAUGCCAGUGUAUUCUUUCUCACUGCCAUGAGUGUGGCUCGAUACCGCUCUGUGGCUUCAGCCUUGAAGAAUCAGCGUCGAGGUGACCCACUGGGUGGCUGCUGCUCUGCCAAGUGGCUUUGUGCACUCAUCUGGCUGUCGGCUGUCCUGGCUUCCCUGCCCCAUGCAAUUUUUUCCACCACUGCCACUGUCUUUGAUGAUGUUCUCUGCCUUGUCAAGUUCCCAGAGGGCCAAGGCAACAAUGCCCAGUUCUGGCUUGGUCUGUACCACAUCCAGAAGGUGCUGCUGGGCUUCGUGGUACCGCUGGUCAUCAUUAGUCUCUGCUACUUGCGCCUGGUACGCUUCAUCAGUGACAAGCACGUGGGCAGCACCUGCAGUGGCCCCAGCAUCAGGCGCCGCUCCAAAGUGACUAGGUCAGUGUCCAUCGUGGUGCUGUCCUUCUUCUUGUGCUGGCUGCCUAACCAAGCACUUACAACGUGGGGGAUACUCAUCAAACUCAACGUGGUGCACUUCAGUAAUGAAUACUUUCUCUCCCAAGUGUACCUCUUCCCCAUCAGCGUGUGCCUGGCACAUUCCAACAGCUGCCUCAAUCCCAUCCUCUACUGCCUCAUGCGCAGGGAGUUCCGCAAGGCACUGAAGAGCCUCCUCUGGAGGAUCACCUCACCUUCCCUCACCACUAUGCGCCCUUUCACUGACACCACCAAGCCUGAGAAGGAGGAGCAGGCCCUGCAUGCCGUGAUGCCUGUCCACCCUGUCCCUGCUGCUCCCCGUGCUGCAGCCAUCCAAGCAGAGGUGGCCUAUUACCCUCCAGGGGUGGUGAUGUACAACAGCCGCUACGACCUGCUGCCUGCCAGCUCCAUGGAGCAGCACUGCUGAGAUGGCAGGGGGCUCUGGGGGUGGGACAGUGCCAGAUGUGGCCUGGGGAUAUUGAAUGCCUGGUCAGGACAAGGGGAGGAGGGAUGAGUAAAGGAGGACUUCUGUGUGAGAGAUGCUCUUUUGUGGUUUUGUCUGCCCUCGGAGACCCUUGAUGGACAUUGUUGUCUGGAGAAUGCACCCUGAGCUGGAGAGCAGGGCUAGGAGGAGGUAGUGGUGGGGUGUCUCUAUGAAAUGCCUUUUAGUGCUUGUACCUCUUCUGGGGAACAAGAACUGGUGAGGCUGAUGGGACUCCAGCCAGGGAGGAUGCAGGAUGUGCAAAGCACCACAGGAAGGAGAGGGGCUGGUUGGGGUGGGCUGGGGCUGGAAGGUGUCAAACGUGUCCCUUCAAGCUGGAGCUGCAAGCAGCAAGAGGCCAGCAGCCCUUGCACCCUUUGUGUUUGUCUGUGCCAGGGAGAGGAGCUGAGCUGCUUUCUCACUGCUGCAGGACCCUGUAAACAGUGCAGGCCUGACGGGUCACUGCUCCCCAGGUUCCACUGAAGGCACGGGGAGCCUCUCUUCUAUUUCAAACCUGCCCUGAGGGGAACUGUCAGGACAAGUUCAGGCUUGGUCCCUUUCUUCUCUUCCAGGGGCUUAGGAAAGAGAGGGGACAAGACUGUGCUCCCCUCCACAUCAGUGCAGGAUCUGCUUUUCCAGCUACCCCCUCCCCCUCAGCUGCUGCCAGGGUAUAGAGCAACCUAGACAGUCAAGGAGAAAUCCAAGGACAGAAUUUGCAGCUUCACAAGGAGGUGUUGCUUUGCCUGGGUUUGGACGGAGGGUGUAAGCCCCCUAACAUUGUUCCUCAGCCUCUCUCCAGGCCCCUGAGGGGAAAGGAAACCUCACAGCCCCAGACCAUGUGUAGCAAGACAGCAUCUCCCCCAGGGCACUGAGGUUGCAGGCUUAAUUUUUGCUGCACUUCAGACUGUUCAUAUUUCACUACAGGAAAUCAGCACAAUUGUAAAUAAAAUUAAAACAAGCAAACAAAAAACCAAGGGGGAAAAGAAACAAUCCUAGUCACUUCAAAUCACUUGCUCUGGGAUACUUCAGGUUCACUUAAAACCAAACACAAAGGCUUUAGUUCUGCUGAGUGUUUUCACUGUCACUUGCCAGAGUUUCCGUGAAGUUCAGUUCCUCUGGUCUGAGCAGCCCUAGGGCCUACAGUGCUUAUGUAGCCUAGAGAAUGUAAGGGAUUGGCCUGUCCCAGUCUCCGUUCUAGAGAAAUGACUAGCAAAUAAUUUGAGGCUGAUCUGAAUCAAACUUCUAGGGGGAUGAAAAAAGUGUAUUUUUAAGCUGUGAAAGUUUUUAUGAUAAAAUUAUAUAUCUACUUCUUAAAAUAUUUUUUUUAAUUAUGGGGAAAAGAAUUUGAAAUCAAAUUAUCAAAAUAUUUGUUUUAAAAGAUAGGAAAAUGCAACAGUUCUGGUUUUGUUUUCAGAAUACAAGUUCAUUAAUCCCUAAUAUUGCAUAUAAGAUGAUUAUUUAAAUAUAAUUUUCAAAACUCUUUUCUAUUUCCAACCCCUUUCCAUGCAGUCUAACUCCAGCAUCUGCCUAACUCUGCUAAAAAGGCAUUUAUGCAGAGGGUUGUUUGUCACCUCUAAGUAUUGACAUGAAGCAAACUUGCUAUUUCUCUCCAGAGAAAACUGCAACGCCAUAGUGGCAAUUACUCUUUUCAGACUCUGUAAGGUUUACUCUAUAUGUUGAUAACUCCUGUUGUAAAACUCAUGUUUGAUCUGAAAGCAGCUUAUUCUGCUAUUUGUAAGGAGAAGUUGUUCUCUUUUUUUUCAAGGCAGAACAGACUUCUCCAGCCUUGAGCACUUGCUAGGGGGGAAGAUACUGAUUUACAAGUUGUCUGAAGAAAAGCAGAAGUGAGCUGGUGGCUGCUGGGCGUAUUUACACAGAUGCAAAGACUCCGAAGAAAUCAGACAUAUCCACAGAAGAACUUAAGCAUCUAAGUACUGUACAACUGCCUCUCUAACCUCCUAAAUCCUGACUUGGUUGACAGGUGAAGUCUAUAGGUACUUAAAGUUUUUUCUAGUAAAAUUUUUGUGCCUAGAAAUCUGUUCCUGAGCAUGCCUAAAUCUGCUUGAUUCUGUAGCACUUAUUUCUGUGCUUUAUGGGGAUAUCUCUGUUGGGACUGGCCACAGUGUGUAUCCUGUGAGGGAGGUAACUUUGCAUCCCAACACAGAAGACCCUGUGCCAGGCCACACUAAGCCAGGAGCGGCUGUGAACUUAACUCAUUCCCCCCAUCCCUCCCUUUGAAUCUGUGCCUGGAUGUGCUGCUUCUGUCCCAGCUUCAAUGUAUGUGCAGAUUAUGCUCCUUCCCCUUCCCUUGUGAAAUGCUAAAUUAGUGGGCACAGCUAUCCUCCACGGCUUGAGAGAUUCAGCUCCCCCUUUCCCACAUCCCAGGGAAAUGGUUGAAUCUCUGGGCCCCUUUGUGAAUGUGCUCAUGUUCUCUGGCUUGAAACAGUUCCCUGUUGCAUGAAUUGCUGGCUGUUGCUGGAGCAUAAGGUCAGUGAAAGCCCUCAAACACUGCUUGGCAGUGGUUAGGGUGCAAUCUCCAAAGAGGAACUGUGAAGAGAUUUUUUCACUUCAACUGCAGAAUAGAAAUUGGAUCCAGAUCUGGGUUCUAGGUCUCCCCUUCCCAAGAACAGUGGUUAACUCACUCACAGGUCCUGGCUCAAUUAAGUUCCAGUAUGCUCUUCAGGAGCCUGAGGUUUUUCUAGACCUGCAGGUAAAGCAGCUUAAUGUGCUAAAGGAUUUGCAAAAAACUGCAUUCUUCUUCUGUGAGAAAGCCCUAAUAUCUGUGUUCCGGGGUAAGAAAGCUGCACUGUUGUAUGAGAAAAGGACACCAUGAACUCUUAAGUCCAGAGUUCAGAGAGAUAUAAUUGCAUUUCUAUAGGCCAGGAGAAAGUAUCUAAAUUAAGGACAUGGGAGGAAUCUCACAGCCAGAUGCUCUUCUUGCUGUUUGCUUUUGAACAACAAAAUUUCUUGCUUAACUUGUUGGAAAUGUAUUCCCUAUCUGAUGUUUAACUGUUUUUGUGCAUUAAAUAAACAGCUGUCCAAGUGUCUAAAGUGUAACUGUGAAUUUCAGUAGAUAGCAAGCUGCCUGAAAGAGAGCCUCUGUGGUGCUCAGCAUGGCAAAACCCAUGUACUUUUGUGGAUGUCAAUGCAGACAUAAUUUUGUGCCAGGAAAACAACACAGUAAAACAGGUGGUGUUCAGAACAAUGCAUAGUUAGCCCAGAAUGCUGGCAAUGUACCACUCUCAGAGGAAACCCCAGGUGCCUGAUCACUAGAGACAUAAAAAUGUCACAUUUGGCCAAUCACCCAAACAUGAAAAUACCUUGAGUGUGUAGGGACUAUGAAAUUAGAAGGCAACUCUUUUUCAAGUCACUGAUCCACCAGGUGUAGGUCAUGGAUCUGCUGUUUGAAUGAGGCACAACCCAUCCACACUUGGCCAAAUGCUGGUUCAGGCCACACCAGCAGCCCAGGCUGUGCAGGUCAGUGUGUGUCCAGCACAGCCAAAGAGCACACCUCUAGCAACAUGUGCGCAGAGAGAAAUUUUGCUUCACCUGUGCCGUGAGUCUUAGAUAACAGCAAGAAAUCCGUGCUCUGUGUUGCACAGGCAGGGGCACCAGCCUGGGUCUUGGCAGAAGGUGCAGUUUCUCCGUGUGCAUAGGGUGUGUGGCCUCAGCAGAGGGUUUUUCCAGCUCAACAACAACAAAUCCUACCAAGUAUCUGGGGGUUCAUAAGUAAAGAGUAAAACACACUUCAAAACCACUCCUGUUUCCUGCAAAUGUUUGUGUCUUCAUUUGUAACAAUCACCUUUUCGUGGACUAAAAUAAACAUUGCUGAAGGCUACAAAACAAUA